AUGGCCAGUAAUGUUGCGCGUUUAUCUUCAAGGAACAAGAUCGUAAGGCUUUUUUACGGUAUAAUUCUCACGUUUUUGGCAUGGAAAUUCAUCUUUAGAAGAGCAGGUUUACAAAAACUGAAUGAACCUAACGAUUUUUCCGAAGUCGCCGUAGGCUCCAAGGUUGACGAUGUCUUUUUUGCGGGCUGCCGGGAUCCGUUUGCAUAUACAGAACAAGCUGGGUAUCAACGACAAAAUGCGACGUUUGUCAUGUUGACCCGGAACAAUGAAUUGAAAGACGUCCUAGCGACAAUGAGAAGCUUGGAACGCCAUUUCAACCAAUGGUUUAUGUAUCCAUACGUUUUUUUGAAUGAAGAUCCGUUUACUGAAGAAUUCCAAGAGCGUGUUCGUGACGCUACAGCGGCAGAUGUUAGCUUCGGACUUGUCGAAGAAUCCGAUUGGGAGUUUCCUCGCGAUGUGCGGCAAUCUGCCGAGUUUAAAGAGUAUAUUGCGGACCAAGGAGAUCGUGGGAUCAUGUACGGAAACAUGGAGUCCUAUCACAAAAUGUGUCGUUUCUAUUCGGGAACGUUUUUCAAACAUCCACUAGUUGCGCGCAACAGGUGGUACUGGCGCAUCGAGCCAGAUGUCGAGUUUUUUUGCGAUAUAACUUACGAUCCGUUCUACGAAAUGGAAAUCCGGAACAAGAAGUACGCGUUCACGGUUUUGAUCAGAGAACUCUACUGGACAGUGCCGAACCUGUUCCGCCAGACGAGAAGUUUUGUGCGGGAACACGGGAUCAAAGUGGGCCACCCGUUAUGGCGUGUUUUUGUUGAUGAGCGCAAGCAGCACGAGCCGGAGCCUUUAGAGAAUAUCGAUCCGAGAGACCGGCUUGCUGCCCUGAUCUCGCGCGCAACGAAUCCACUGCCCAUUGAAGAGGACAAGUUCGAUAACGAAGAAUACAAUCUAUGCCAUUUUUGGACCAAUUUCGAGAUUGCGCGUGUUGAUAUUUUUAAUAGCCGCAUUUAUCAGGCGUACUUCGAGCAUCUCGAGAACUCGGGAGGGUUUUGGACCGAGCGGUGGGGCGAUGCACCUGUACACUCCCUAGGCCUGGCAUUGUCGCUCAAAAUCGAAGAUAUACACUAUUUCCGUGACAUAGGCUACCAACAUUCAACGCUUGCGCAUUGUCCGGCCAAUCGAGCCGGCGCACAGCUUCCGUACGUGACGAAUCCCGAACAUGCUCGCAUUUUCGCCUCUAAAUCGUCCCGAUCCGCUUCCAUUUUCCGUAGAUUUACCCGUUUCCGCAGCCCAGAAACCGAGUACGGCGUCGGCUGCAGAUGCGAGUGUCCACGCAAACGGGACGUCGAAGACAAUGCCUGGGAAUGUUUCGCCAAGUGGUACGAAGCAACGCGGCCUUGA